AUGGCUGAAGCCCGCAGUGCUGCUGCCCUUUCAUUUGCCGGUGAGUUUUCAGAUUUUCAGGUAUUUUGAAGGUAAUUUGGUUGGAUAAUAUCAAAAUAGGUAAUUUAAUUCAUCAAAAAUUAUUUUUAGAACAGUUUUUGAGUGUAUUACGUUGGUUAAAAAUGCGGUAAUUUGAAUGAAAAUUGCAUCAAAAAUAUUUUUUUCUAAAGGAAAAUGCGUUUUUUUACAUCAAGUUUUUAGAUUAUUUUACUCUUACAAAGGCUAAAAAAACUCAAGAUUUCAAUAGAAAUAUGGAUUUUUUUAAAAAAAUUUAUCUGGUGAUUUAAGUUACAGAAAAACAUUAAAAUGUAUAUUUUUCAAUUAAAUAUUUAGUUUGAGAAACAAUUUCAAGUAGCCAGACAGUAAAUUUGUUGAUAGAAAACUGUCUUUUUUUCGAUUUUUUUGAACGUUGAAAAAACUUGUUUGACGGUUUUUUGAGAGCGGAGAACAGUUUUUAGGAGAAGAAAGUUAAGAAAAUGAAAAAUUUCAUAUUUUUUUAAAUUUUUCAACGGAACGUAAAAAGUUUGAAAAUUGUUGGUCCCCAAAAUUUUUUUCAAUAGUUUUUUUGAACAAUUUUCUCAUUUUUUUCACAAUUUUUUUCUAACCGAAAAUUGCUUUUUAGAAAUUCGCUUUUGUGUUAAUUUGAAUAAAAUGUUCAAAAAUGGUUAUGAAAUUUUUUUCCUUUCCUGUAGAUUUGAGAAAUUAAACGAUUUAUUUUUCCAAAAGUUAUUAGUAAAAAUAAUCUGAGAUACGACUUUACGGUUUCAAAGGACUGCUUUCAGGUUUGAUAAUUUUUUUUGUCAAUCUCACUAUGAUGUUGACAAAAAUGCUUUUUCUUAGUCGGGUUCAAAAAACUCAUUUCAAGCUUCAUUGAUUUCGAUCUUCCAUUGGAAGCUGUUAUUCUCAAAUUUCGAUCCUUUCGAAACCAUAUAAUCUCAUUUUUCCCGGUCAAAUGUUUAAAAAUGGCGAUUUUCUGGCCUUUCUAGCGAAAAUUUCUGGAUUUUUUUGACUUAUGAGCAAAUUUUUACCCUAUUUUUGACAAUAUUUUCAAAAUUUUCGUUUUAGUAAUGCUCGAUUUCGCUUCAUUUUUUUGAGCCAUAAAUUUUUGAAAUCACUCAAUUUUUGUGCUAUAAUUCUUUACUUUCUUUUUGAUUUUUAAGGUGAAAAAAAGCUCAAUUUUAAUUUAUUCUGAGCUAUAGAACUCGAAUUUUCAAUGAUUUCAAGCCAAAAAUUUUUUUGAUUUGAUUGAAUUUUUAAGCUGUAGUAUUUAUUAUUUCUUCAUUUUUUUCAGCCAUAAUUUUUCGAAUUUCAGUCGAUUUUUGAGCGAAAAAAAUCUCAGUUUUUUUAAUGGGUUUUUAAGCUUUUAAUCUCAUUAUAAACUGGUUUGAAGCGAUGAAAUUUAAAUGUUCCUUGUUUCAAAACCUGAAUUUUUUUGACUUAUUUUUGAAUUUUUAAGCUGGAGUUUAACUAAUUUUUUUGGCGGAAAACCCCAAUUUUAUAACGAUUUUCAAGCUUUUCUUCGUAAUCUUCUUCGAAAAACAUAAUCUUAAUUUUAACCGGUUUUUAGUCGCAAAAAUGAAAUUCUCUUCAAUUUCAAGUCGCAAUUUUUGAUUCCUAAGCUGAAAUUUGCUCGAUUUUUGGCCAAAAAUUCAAUUUUAUAACGAUUUCAAAGCUUUACCAAGAGAAUCCCAAUGCAUUUUCAGUAACCCACGACGGCGUCUCGGUCAGUUAUGACCAGGAACUCCUCCGGGACAUUUGGCACGCCUUCCAGCGCGGCUACAAGCGCCGGAUUGGCCGUUUCAAGGUCCUUUUCCACAAAAAAAGAAAGUCGAAACAAUGAUUUUUCAGAAUGAUUUCAUGGCUGGAAUGUUCCCGGCCAACUCCCUGACGUUCAGUUUGGUCGUCUCGGCGAUCGCCAUUUUUUCCGUCCUGAAACGGGAUUUGUCCUUCGGAAUCGUCCCGUUCCUACAGCACUAUAUCCUUCAUUACAUUUUUGGGUCGGUUUUGGGAAAUUGAGUCUUUUUUAUUGAGAAAGAUUGAAGUUGGCUGAGAAAAUUAUAGGAUUUUCCAGGAAAAAUCGGAUUUUUUUUUUCAGAAAUCGUGUGAAAAAUCGAAGAAAUAACAUUUGCAAUGGCUUCAAAAUAAGUGAUUUUAUAGAAAUUAAUUUUUCAUUAAACCAGAAAUUUUUUUGGAGAGUCAGAACUUUCUUUUUGGAUCAUAGGAGUUGAUCUGAAAAAAAAUCACUAAUUUUUUUCCUUGUGAAAUUUUACUUGUUCUGAUUUUUUUGCUGUUUCAAAGCUCAUCAUGAAUCUUCAAAAAAACAAUAAAAAGGUUGAAAAAAACGGCUCUUCGCCUUGAGACCUUUUUAGAAUGAGGCCAUGCUCCUUUAAGAAUCGCAGUACGGAUUUUUUUAAAUUGUAUUGCCCUAAAUAUUAGUUUUUUUCUCCUGCUCAGAAGGAAACUAAAUUUUUCUAAUUUUGGUUGAAUUUUUUUAUAAUUUGCGAUAAAAAAAGUUUUCUUGGAUUUUUUUCGUGUUCCAAAAUUUCUUUACUAUGUUUCAAAGCUCAUCAGAAGUCUUCGAAAAGCAAGAAAAAAAGGUUGAAAAAAACGGGCUCUUCGCCUUGAGACCUUUUUAGAAUGAGGGUAUGCUCCUUUAAAAAUCGCAGUAAGGAUUUUUGAAUUUUAUCACCCUAAAUAUUAGUUUUUCUCCUCAAGAUGAAGCUAGGACUUCUGAAUUUGUUGAAAUAUGCUUUCUAGGGGUUCAAUUUAAUCCAAGGGGCCUGUAAAUCUCCCUGAAAAAGUUUGAAAAAAAUUUAAAUUUUUCAACAAUUAAAAAAAGGUUUCUUGUAAAUCUUUGUUUUUUUGAAGUUUUUUUCUUGUUCCAAAAAAAUUUCUAUGCAGUUCAAGAACUCUUUUGAAAAAAACUGUAAUAAAAUAGAAAAAAAGGCUCUUCGCCUCGAGACCUUUCAAGUUUAGGCCAUGCUCCUUUAAUAACCUCAGUCAAGGUUUUUCAAAACUAUAUCCCUUGAAAGAUUAAUUUUUUUGCUCUUAAUAGGAGCAGCAUGCUCGAAAUUAGGUGAUUUUGUUAAAAUUCACUUCAAGGAGCUUAAAAUCAUUCCUGGAGAAAUUAAUUUUUUUUUUCAGUGACGGCCUAGUUGGCUUGGGCUUGUCGUGUCUCGUGGCCGGAGCUCUCGUUUGGUUCCUCCUUGUCCAACUCCUCCGACUGUCCAUCAAGUUGUUGCUGACCUACAAGGGCUGGAUGUACGAGUCGCCUGGAAAGCCUGUCUCCACGUCGACCAAAAUUUGGCUUGUUAGUACUUUCUCAGCUCGUGGAAUUAUUGAUUUUUAGAAGAAAAAUUUCAUUUAUUUAUUUAUUUAAUUCAAAAAAAAAUAUUCAUUUUCCUUGUCAUAUUCCCAUCAAAAGGCCCCUUCCUUUUUUGGGCUUUCCCUUUUUUGGUGAACAAGAAUCUUUUCUGGAGGAUUUUGUGACCAUUUUUUUUCGAAAGCUGCUUUUUUGUAAAGUUUUAGAAGUUCAUAGGGAAAAUGAAGGUGAAGCUUUCUUUUUUAGAACAUUUUUUCGAUUUUCAGGGAAUCCUGCACUUUAUCUCCCGCGCCCAGCCGAUGCUCCACUCCUUCCAGGGAGCUCUGCCCCAUUUGCCACUUCCCAAGUUGGAUGAUACCGUUAGAAAGGUGCUGAAAUGUCUAGGAAUGAUAAAUUGUACCCAAGGAACCAUGAAUCAUCUUGAAAUCACAGUCACAAAGCGUUGAAAUAACUUAAAAUCGCAAUUUUGGACCCCAAAAGAUCUCAAAAAAUCAAUUAGCUUGAAAAAAAAAUUCUAAAUUACCUUAACAGUGUUAAGAAGCUUGGAAAUAUCUCAAAAUAACAUUUAUGAAGGCUUAAAAUUUCUCGAAAUAACAGCUACAGAGCCUCAAAAUAUCUUAAAAUAACAAUUACGAAGCUAAAAAUGUAUUGAAGGAACAAUCACGGAGCCUCAAACUUUCUGAAAAUAACAGUUAUAAGCCCAAGAUGCCAUCGAAUAACACUUAGGGAACUCAACAACAUCUAAAAAACGGUCAGGAAAACUUAAGAAUGUCUCGAAAUCAAAAAAAGAGCAAAAAAAAUUCUAAUCAAAAUUCGUAGAAAUAUCAUAAAUCACAAUCACAAAGCGGUGAAAUAUCUUAAAUCGCAAUUUUGGACCCCAAAAGAUCAAUUAGCGACCUCCUUCUGUCAACUAGGAGCUUAGUUAGAGGGGAUUGAACUUAGAAACCGAAAAUGAUGGUACGACAAAAUCUCAAGUCCGCAAAUCUCGAGGACCGUAAUCUUGUGUACGCAGAUCUAAAGUCCCAUAAUCUUGGAAACCAAAAUCUUGGAGACCAAAAUCUUGGAAAGCAAAAAUCUUCCCUUUUAGUCUUCUUUAUUGCACUUUCUCUACUUAUACUCUCUUGUUUGGAUCACCGAAUACAAUUUCUGAUGAAAUCUUUUCGCAAAAGCGUUGAUUUUUGCUUUCCAAGAUUGUGGUUUCCAAGAUUUCGGUCUCCAAGAUUAUGGGACUUUAGAUCUGCGUACACAAGAUUACGGUCCUCGAGAUUUGCGGACUUAAGAUUUUGUCGUACCAUCCCAAAAAUUUGAAAAUAUAUAAAAUUGGUCACGAGAGGAUAGAUCGAGAAAAACUUCAAAAAUAUCUUGAAGUAGCAAUUACGAAACCUUGAAGUGUCUUAGAGUCACAGCCCAAAAUUAUCUUAAAUUUUCAUUGUUGCUGUUAAAAGUUUUAAGAAUCGAGAAAAAUCCAUAGUAUUGUAUGUUAAGUAAUAAGCGGUCGCAUUUUUUGAAUCAAAGACUAGAAAAAUAAGCUCCUUUUCCCUCGAAAAGCUCCAGAAAAAUGCGAAAUUUGCACAUGAAACGUGAAAGAAUGACGUAAAUUCCGUGUAUUUUUAAUUACUUUAAUGCAAGUUUUUGAAAAAAAAAAUAAACUUGGAAGCUAAAAAAGGCUGAAAAAACGCAUUUUCGAGCUUCUUUGCUGUAGGAAACUUUUUAGAAAGAAAAUCUGGAAUUUUUUUAUUUUGACCAUGGAUGAUUAGACUAUAUUUAGGGUCUUUUUUUCGUUAAUUUUUAUCAAUCUGAGGUCGGAAAAACACAUUUUUCAUCUAUUGUCUAUCAAUAAAUAUCCCUAUUUUUCCCCUUUUCCAGCACCUUCUAUCCAUGCGACCCAUUCUAAACGACGAGGAAUACGCCGAGCUGGAAUUCCUCAGUGAAAGAUUCCGAAAAGGCGUCGGCCGUCGCCUCCAGCGCUACCUGGUGCUCAAGUCCUACCUGAGCACGAACUACGUCACCGACUGGUGGGAGGAGUUUGUCUACAUGCGACAGAGGAGCCCCAUCAUGAUCAACAGCAAUUAUUAUGGAUUUGUGAGAUUUUUUUGUCUCUCUUAUAGCUUGAGAGCUUGAAAAAAAGACCGUUUUUUUAGGUUUUUUUGUCUAUUUUAUCGUUUUAAAUUUGAAAAAAAGACUAAUUUUUUUAAGGUUUUUCUUGAGCCUUAUUUGUUUUUUUCUUCUUGCUUAAAGUUCAAAAAAAUUACUAAAUUUAUUUUUGUGAACUUUUUGGUUCUCUUCAAGCUUGAAAUUCGAAAAAAAUGUAGUUUAAAAACAUUUUUUUGUUCUUUUUAAGGACACCCUCAACGAGCAUCCAACCGAAAAUCAGGCUUCUCGGGCGGCCAAUAUCACUUACAAUGCCCUUCAGUUCCGCAGGAUGGUCGAUCGACAGGAAGUCUCGCCGGUUCGUUUGAAGAAAAUGAAUAAAAACCGGAAAAUUAUUGUGGAAAUGAUAGAAAAUGAAUAGUUUGGAACAGAUAGAAGAUGGUUUUCAUUCAAAAUAGACCGUGUAAAAAAUUCCAGAACAUGUUUUGAAGCAACAAUUUGGAAAAAUUACCCUUUUUUCAGGCUUUCAAUCAUGAGAAUUUUUCGAAAACAUUCAAAAAGUAUUUUUAUCAAGAAAAUAUGAUCAGGAAAGGCAGAAAAAUAGAAGUUAUAGUGGAAAAUUUUAAAAGAAUCUGUUUUUGAGGCGUUUUUUGUAUCAAGACCUCUAUAGGAGCCCUUUUCUGUUCACGAUACAGGCUGUUCGCUCCCCUCACCCCUCAAGGGACCACUCUGUCGUUCCUAAGGAGUGAAUGCCCCAUGGAGUCAUACCCAAAAACCCCUAAAUAGAUCAUCUCAAUUUCGCCCCUAUAGGGAACACUUUUUGUCCAUUAUAUGGCUUUUUUUUUCUUUAACCCUUUAACCCUAUAGGGACCACUCUGUCAUUACUGAGAAGCAAAGAGCUCAUAAGUCAUAACCUAAACCCCUAAAGAGACCACCUCAACUUUACCCCUAUAGGGAGCACUUUUCGUCUGUCAUAGGAACUGUUUUUCUCUUAACCCCUAUAGGGACCACUCUAUCGUUCCCAAAAAUUGUAACUAUUUUUCAAAAUUAAAGUGUAUCUUUCAUACUUUAAACCUCUAUAGAGAUCACCCCUAUAGGGAGCACUUUUUUGUCCCCUACAGGGCCUGUUUUUACUUAAACCCUAUAGGGACCACUCUGUCGUUCCUAAUAAGUAAAGGGCUCAUGAAUCAUACUAAGACCCUCUAAAGGGAUCACCUCAAUUUUGCCCCUAUAGAGGACACUUUUCGUCUGUCAAAGGAGCUGUUUUUCUCUUAACCCCUAUAGGGACCACUCUGUCAUUACUGAGAAGCGAAGGGCUCAUGAGUCAUACCGUAAACCCCUAAAGGGACCACCUCAACUUUACCCCUAUAAUGAUCACGUUUUUCUUCCCUAUACGGGCUGUUCGCUCCCCUAAUCCCUAUAGGGACCACUCUGUCGUUCUUAAGAAGAUAUUUUCCAUCUUCAAAAUGACUUUUUCUCUCAAAAAUGGCCUUUGCAGUUCUCCAUCUCGCCAAGAACGAAAGUCCCCUUCUGCACCAUGCAGUAUGAACGAUUGUUCAACACCUGCCGAGUUCCUGGAGAAGAGGUUUUUUUCCAGAAACGAAGAUAUAGAUUGAAAUAUUCGAUUAAAGGUCGACCGACUUUUGCACUGGGAUGACGCCAAGCACGUGGCGGUUUAUUGCCGUGGCGUUUGGUUCAAAGUGAUCGUUCAUAAUGGGAAAAGGUAAGAAAUCAUCGAAAAUGGUUCUGACAGCACGGUAGUAGCUAAAAAGUGUACCAAAAGCUUGAACAGUUCCAGAAAAUGAAUAAAAAUAACCCUGAUUUGCAUUAAAGUAGUUUAAAAAGCCACUAGAAAAGAUUCUUAAUAUUUUUGAAUAUAGAAUUUUUCAAUCAAAUCAACCGAAAAUCGUCAAAGAAGCUUCAGAAAAAAAGCCUUAGGAGCUCUAAAAUCGUUCUGUUAAGUUUGAAAUGCCUCUAGAUCUUUGAAAUUUUAAUAUUUAAUUUGUGAGGAUGUUCAAGAAGUUGUUGAAAAGACCAAAGAAUUCUUUUUUUUUCUCGAAAAGUUAUGUCUAUUUUUAAAAAUCUUGUUGCAAGCGCGAAAGAGGCUUACAGAGAGUGGAAAAUAUCAUGGAAUUUCGAAAAUCAGUUCAGGAGAAGCUUCAAAAAAGUUUUCUAGAACUUUGAGAUAUAUUACAAGCCUUGUUGGAGUGCUAGAAGCUCGAAAAAGACCCUCAACAACAAAAAAAAAUUCGAAGUUCGUCCUAGAAGCACAAAAAGUUGAGAACUUGUGAAAAAUUAGUUUGAGCUUUGACAAGAAAAAAAGGUAUUCUAGUAAGUUUCCAAAAAUGAGCGUUUUCCUCUCCUUUUUCCAAUAUCAAAAACCCCAUGUUUUAAUUUUCCAGACUCCUGGACGCCGUCGAGCUGCAGGACCAGUACGACGAGAUCGUGGCUCACACUUUCGAGCCCUCGGAAGGCGAGAAGAACCUGGCGGCUCUGACGGCCGGCGAAAGAGCUCCUUGGGCCAAAACCCGCCGGGCCUAUUUCCGGGCUGGAGUCAAUAAAACCAGCCUCAACGACAUUGAGAGAGCCGCCUUCGUCGUAAUUCUCGAUGACGAUGAAGUCAACUAUGAUCCGGUUCGUAGGGAGGGAUUUAUAGGGGAUUUUUAUAUAGGAAAAGUCGCAAAAAAGAGUUGCUCUAGAGCCAUGGAUUGACAAGAAAUUGCUCCCAAAUAAAAAAAAGACCUUCCUUUUUCAAAAAGCUUACUGAAAACGAAGAAGUUUUGAAGUUUUUAAGGUCAGAAGGCCGAAAAAUUCGUGUUAUUCGAAAGAAAUCGUGAUGGAGUCAUUGAAAAAGGAUGAAAAUUGACUAAAAAAAGUAAAUGUGUAACGAAGAGUGAGUGUUUAAUAUAUUGUCUUAGAGCGCACUUUCUCUUAUCCGUAGAGCACACUUUCUACUUUAUCAGUAGAGCGCACUUUCUCUUUUAUUUAGACGAUUUUUUUUGGCUCAAAAAAUUAAUUUCAAAAUGAAGCUGAUCAUCUUUUGAGGUAGAAUUUACUUUAGGCUCCUUUUUUUAAGAAUAAAGUUGACAUUUUGGAACCCCAUUUUUUCAGGAAGAUCCGUCAAAACUGGAUCGCUGGGCUCACAACCUGCUCCACGGAAAGGCCCGCGACCGUUGGUUCGACAAGUCGUUCAACUGGAUCAUCUCCAAAAAUGGCCACGUCGGAAUCAACACGGAGCAUUCCUGGGGCGACGCCGCCGUCAUGGCUCACUUCACGGAAUGGGUCCUCCUCCAGGACGUCGUCUAUUCCGGCUAUGAUGAGAACGGACGCUGCAAGGGAGACUCCAAGGUCAAGAUCUCGCCCGAACGACUCAAGUGGGAGAUCCCCGAGCCCGCGCUGGUUGGUUUUAGAUCGAAGUUUAGGGCGUUUUGAGAGGGGGUCGAUCAAUGAGAUUGAAAAACAGUUAUGAGGCUCCUAAACAGCUUCAUUUGACCCCAAUUCCAGGAGCAAAUCAACAAAUCCCUGACCGUGGCCAAGGAACUGAUCGACGACGUCGAAAUGGCCCUCCUCGUCUGGACCGACUACGGAAAGGGCUUCAUGAAGAAGCUGAGAGUCUCCCCGGACGCCUUCCUUCAGAUGACCCUCCAGUACACCUACUUCAAGGUCUUGUCCACCCCCUCUUCUACCUGAACAACGACGGUUUCAGAACCAGCAAAAGUUCUCCCUGACCUACGAGGCGUCGAUGACCAGGCUGUUCCGAGAGGGCAGAACUGAAACCGUCAGAAGUUGCACCACCAAGUCCAGCGAGUUCGUCUUGGCUAUGUGCGAUCCCAAGAAGACGGUGAAUAUUUGAAGUUCUGGAAGCAAUAUGAUCAUCGGUUUGUAAAAUAGGUCAAAAAAAGUGAGGGAAAUGGCUUGGAAGAAUAAUUUUCAGGAAAGUAAAUCAAUGAUAUACUCGGGAAUGUUAGAGUGAUCCCUGUAGGGGCGACCUUACUUAAGAAUUCCAGAGUGGUCCCUAUAAGGGUUAGGGCAGAAGAGGCCCCUAUAGCGGACGAGAAGGUGGUUCCUACAGGGGUAAAAUUUAGGCGGUUUCUAUCGAGGAUUAGGGUCUCACCCUUAGCCCCUGAAGCUCAAGUGGUCCCUAUAAGGGUAGGAGAACAAAAAAGCCUCUAAAGAGGACAAAAUUGGUCUUUCCGACCUCCGAAACCCUUGAAGGUUCACCUCUAGGGACAGCUUUAACUUCCCCUAUAAGGGCCACUGAAACUUGCAAAAGUGACCCUUAAAGGGACCUGCUAGUGGAUUAUUGUUAACCCAUGCGAAAAUUUCAAUAAAUGGGCCUUUUUUGGGUAAAAACAUCGCUCAAGUUUUGUUAGAUACGUCUUUUCAAUGUUCAAGUCAUAUCUUAAAUUUUAAAACCCCUAUAGGAACCACUCAAACUUUAGGAUCUUAGGGGUCAGAUCCUAAACCCCUAUAGGGACCAUCUUAAUUUUACCCCUAUAGGAAGCACUUUCGGUCCUCUACAGAGGUUUUCUCUGCCUAAUCACUAGAGGGACCACUCUGACGCUCUUGAGGAGGUAAAAGCCAGAAGCCUCUCUUAUAACGAAGCGAAAAUUGAAAAAAAUUGAAAGAAAAACGUGGAAUUUACCCAUUUCCAGGCCUCUGAACGAGUUUUGCUGCUCCGCGCGGCCUGCGAAAAGCACCAGGAACUCUACCGCGACGCCAUGUGCGGCCAGGGUGUCGAUCGUCAUCUCUUCGCUUUGUAAUAAUCAAAAAAAGAAGAAAAAACUAACUCAAUCGCUCAGGUAUGUGAUCAAGCGGUACUUGGAGGAGGAGUCGCCGUUCUUCGACAAAAUCUUCCCGCCGACCUACCUGCUUUCCACGAGUCAGACUCCCAUGAACCAAUGCGAAGCCGACAUGAAGGGCCUCAGCACUGAGGCCAGACUCAGAUUGAUCACUGCUGGAGGUAUAGGAUUGAUAAAGGAUGAUAAGGAAGAGCAGAAUAGACUAGGGAAUCAGAAAAAUGACUUUAAUGAGUAAAGUUGGUCAGAUUGGAGUUUAGUUUGAUGGGACUGAUAAGGAAGGUAAUCAUGAACUUUGAACUUUGAGCUAGAAAAGUAGUUUUUUAUUUUUUGAGGCCUUUUAAAGAUUAUAGAUGGGCUAUAAGUUGAAAAAAAUAGCCAUUCCAAAUGCGGCCAUGCAGAUGAGUUCCCAUAGGAAAAACGUAUGAUUUGAACUUUUAAGAUUAAAAAAAUACUCUUUCAAAUUGAUCUGGAAGACUUUUUGAGGUCCUCAGGAGAAUUUCGAUAGCUAGGAAUUGAAAAAGCCAUUCCAAAUGCGGCCAUACAGAUGAAUUCUCAUAGGAAAAACGUAUACUUUGAACUUUUAAUAUUAGAAAAAUACUCUUUAAAAUUGAUCUGGAAGACUUUUUUUGAGGUCCUCAGGAGAAUUUCGAUAGCUAGGAAUUGAAAAAAAGCCAUUCCAAAUGCGGCCAUACAGAUGAAUUCUCAUAGGAAAAAAAACGUAUACUUUGAACUUUUUAAGAUCAGAAAAAAAUUUUUCAAAUAGAUCUAGAAGACUUUUUUUAAGGUCCCCAGGAGAAUUUAGAUGGCUAGGAUUUGGGAAAAAGCCAUUCCAAAUGCGACCACAAGAUUUUUUUCUACCAUUUUUUUAGGGAAAAUUAUUGAAUUUUUAUUGGGAAAUAAUCAUACAUUUUUUUAGCUUUUUACUUAAUAAAGAAAGAAUAAUUUUUAAUUAUCCAGAUAAUUUAUUGGGACCUGUAGAUGGUUAGGAAUUGAAAAAAAGCCAUUCCAAAUGCGACCACAAGACUUUUUCUGUCUUUAAUGGAGAAAAAAAGUAAAAAAAUUUUACUGAAAAAAAUCUUUUUUUCGAAUUUGAAAACUCAUUUUUUUAGUCAUCAAGAACUAUUUUUUUCCUCCAAGGAACCAUUUUUUUAAUUUCAAAGAAUAUUUAAAAAGGUAAUAAAAUUUCUUGAAGGAUAUUUUUGGAAGUCUACUGGUUCUUCCUGUGGAUUUGAGCCUCAUUUUUUUGGAUAAGUACAGUUUUUUUCCAGGGCUUAGAAAAUGAUGAGAAUGAAGAUUUUACCUUAGAAGGAAGGUCAUUUACUUUUUAGCUGGGAAUUUUCUGAAAAUUGGCUAGAAUAUUCCUUGAUGUACCAGAUGAACAUCCUGAAAGUCUCAACCUGCAGAUUUCUAGUUUUUGAGAAAGGACACCCUAAAGUCGAAGAAAAACCUUGAAAUCUUAGAAAAUAAUCCAUUUUUGGGCUUUGUCCCUGCAGAAAUCAGAAGUUGAGGGUUUUGAAAUCAUUUUUGGUACAUCGAGGAGUAACUUGGCCCAUUUUUCGGUAUCCCCUAACCACUAACCAUUUUCGGUAUCCCCUACCGCCCCUGUUAGAAAUAUUCAAUCCCGGAAAUUUUCAGGCGGUUUCGGACCCGUCGCCGACCGCGGCUACGGCGUCUCCUACAUUGUCGCCGGAGAAGACACGAUUUCCUUCCAUAUUUCCAGCAAACGGUCCGCCGACAACACGGUAACGGAUACCGUAACCCCAGAGAUCUUACUGUAUCUUUUCAGAGCUCACGCGAAUUCCGCGAAGAACUCAAGAGAUCUCUGAUCGACAUGAAAAAACUGGCCGAAGGCGUGGCCAACGAGAAGAAAGUCGACGUCAACGUCGUCGCCAACGGAAACGGAAAAGCCGCACAAUAA